AGAAAUCUUCCGAAUGAACAUGCCAGCGAAUAUGUUUUCCUCCCGCCGUCAGGCGCUCGUCGCAAUGGCGUUCCAAACUUAGGUUUUUUGAAAGAAAAAUUAUUCCAAAUGAGUUCACAACAGAGCGUGGAUGGUAACCCACCACCCACGAAAAAACUAAAGCAAGAUGUAACCACAUCCAGCGAAAACAUUCCCUUUACAUCUGUUGCCUUAGCAACCCCAGUGACCUUGAUGUCAACCAAUGUAACAAGCAGCAACAAUUUGCAGCAAGUAAUCAGUGUUACAUUCUCUAAUGGUGUUUUCAAUGUGAAACCAGCUGAGUUGGAACAGCCCCAAAUUGGCUCAUUGAAGCCAACCCCCGGCCUGCAACCAGGACCUGUAUCAGUGGUCAAGGGAGUACCAGUGAAUCCAGCCGGUGUGAAGAUCCAGAGCCAGAAUGUCCAACUCAGGGGACCUAACCCUGUCACAUACAUUGCUCAAAAUAUACCUGUGACACAAACAAGUGUGUCAUCGGUGACGGUGAAACCUGGUACCAUGACGAUCAUGCCACAGCAGGCAGUGCCAUUGCAGACAAUUCAGGCCCUACAGUCCAAAAGCUCAGGACAGACCAACAUACUGCCUGCCCCUAUGCAGCUUCAGCAGCAAGGCUUAAAAUCAGGGCAGAUAACAUUAGGAUCUGUGACCUUGGCCCAAUACACACAAGCAUCAUUGACUCAGCCCAGCAAUGUCCUUCAGACUGGCCAAGGCCAACUGCGGCCCCAGAUGGUAUCUAAGAUCCUCCCUCCACAGAACUUUCAAGUCAAAUCACUUAAUGUGGCCAAGAGUCUGAUCCCCAACCAGCAAAUCCAAUUUUCUCACAUCCACAAUGCUGGUGGAAAACCUCUUGCAAUGGUGGCUCAGUCUACCAGUCUGGCUCCACAGCAGACUCCAGCGACGACAAUGACAGCUUUGAAGAGAUUUCCAGUUCCAGUUUCCCCCAUUAAUAUGACCCCGAACAGUAUAGCAACCUCCUUACCAACGAAAAUACGAAUACAAGGAAGUGUAGCAACAGACACCACAAAUUUGAUAAAGCAGGACAACAAGGACAGCAAAAUCCCUGCUGGUACAAAACUUUUACCAGCUCAAACAACCACAACCAGUGCAUGUGCACCACAUCAAAAUGGCCUAUUAGCAAAGCCAGCAACAGUGGCAAUGUCCACAGCAUCUCCUACAACAGUCGCUUCUGCCAUUCCUGUAGUGCAGAAAGGCAGCCAUUUUCAUGUUCAGCCUGGAGCAAUGGCACCGGCAGGAUCCAUACCUGCCCCAAAGUUUACUCAUGUGUUUCCUAGCAAUGCAUUAACAAAAGUUGGAAUGAUGACUGUGCCAACUCUACAAGGUUCAAUUGCUCGUGUUCCAUUUAAAAUGACUGCUUCUACCAGUGCACCAUUGUUGAUGAGAAAUCAAGCUCCAAAUGUUAGUAAAGUGUAUGUAUCAACUCCGAGUGAAUCCUCACAAGAGACAGUUAACUCCCAGCAGGGAUCUGAGCAGGAUGGCCCAAGUGAAGAAAUGAAAACUGCAGAGAAAAAGGAAGUUUUAGAAGAAACUAAGACAGAAGAGAGUAAGCAAGAAGAAAGUAAUAAGGGAUUGGAAGAGAAACACGCAGAGUCAAGUGAAAUGGAAAAUGUGCCAAAUUUCUUAGAUGAUGUAGAUUCAUUGAAUGCAGAGAAAAAGUUUUUAAAGAGUGAACCUCAGUCAAAAUGUGAACUUCAGUCUAAAUCUAAGAAUAUUGAUAGUGAACAGGAAAAUGAGAAGGAUGAGAAUUCAGCACAGCAAGAGGAAAGCAAAUGUUUGGUGCCUCUCACAGUACAGAAUCUGGAAGAAGACCUGAAAAAGAAGACGAAAGAAAAGAAAGAAACAAAACCAAGUGAAAUAACAAAGCCAGAGGUCACAGACAAAGACAAAUCUGUAGUAGAGAUCAAACAAGAACCGCAAAGUGAAGAAGAUGAAAAACCCUCAGUGAAUGAGAGCGUAUCAAAAGAAGAGAAGAAGAAAGAGGGAGAGAAUAAAAAGUCGGAAAAAGAGGACUUUGAUGCUGUUGGUGCCAUGGAUUGGAAAGAUGGAGUAGGAGAGCUAGAGGGAAGCAAUCUGAAAUUUAAGAUGAAUGAGUUUGGAGUUCUAGAAGUGAUCACAGAUGAAUUAGAAUGUAAUGAGACUUUGGACUCAAGCAGUGAGAUGGACACUUCUGAGACAAAAGAAAAAGAACCCAAGCCUGCCCCAGGGUGUAGUGGUGAUACAGAGACAAAGUCGGGGGGAAGAAAGAAAGAUGAGAAAUUACCAGACACGGGUGGGGAAGUCAGAGACGAGGUUUGCCAGUGUAUGAAUUGCGGGGAGUUUGGAUUUGCAAGCGAAUUCUGUAAAUCCGGUCGAUUCUGUAGUCAAGCUUGUGCUACUACAUUCACUACCAAGAAAAUGAGAGGAAGAGGGGGACAUAAUCACUUCAUGACAAAAAUGUGGAAGAAGAAAAAGAAGCUGAUGAUGAUGAAAGGAAAUUUGGAUGAAGAUGGGGUUCCUAUCAAAUCUGGACCAGGCAUAAAACCAAAAUUGCAUAAUUGGGCAUCAUAUUUUGAGAGAACAAAGUCACAAGGUGCCCCAUUAAGGCUGUUUAAAGAGCCAUUCCCAGUGUACAAGAAUGGUUUUAAGCUUGGUAUGAAACUAGAGGGAGUUGACCCUAAGCACCAGUCCCUCUUUUGUGUGCUGACUGUGGCUGAAAUCUGUGGCUUCCGAAUCCGGCUUCACUUUGAUGGGUACUCUGAGUGCUAUGAUUUCUGGACAAAUGCUGACUCACCUUUCCUGUUCCCUGUUGGUUGGUGUGAUGAAAACAGAAGAACUCUUCAGCCUCCUAAAGGAUUCACUGCGGAGGGAUUCAACUGGCUCAACUAUCUGAAGUUGUCAAAGGCUAUUGCUGCCCCAAAAUCUCUGUUUAAUAACAUACCAAAAGAGCCUGCUUCCCCUCACCAUUUUAAAGUUGGCCAGAAGUUAGAAUCCGUAGACAAGAAGAAUAGUAACCUGAUCUGUGCUUCCACUGUAAAUGAUGUGAUGGCUAACAAAAUCCUGAUCCAUUUUGAUGGAUGGGAGGAUACCUAUGAUUAUUGGUGUGACACCACAUCUAUGAAUAUUCAUCCUGUUGGCUGGUGUGAGGAAAAUGGAAAAACACUUUCACCACCUGGCGAAUAUGAAAAUGUUCAUUUUAACUGGAAAGAAUACCUCGAAAAGAACAAUGCAGAGGCUGUGCCAGACAGGGCCUUUAAAUCGCAAUCCCCAGCAGGCUUCGAGAUUGGCAUGAAGAUAGAGGCAGUAGAUAAGAGAAAUCCAGUCCUGAUCCGUGUAGCCACAGUCACUGAGGUGGACGGACAUCUUCUCAAGCUCCACUUUGAUGAGUGGGAUGAGUGCUAUGAUUAUUGGGUGGAAGAUGACUGCUCUGACAUUCAUCCAGCAGGCUGGUGUCAUAAAACAGGGCAUCCUCUCACAGCUCCGCCAACUCCUACAGAUCUCGUCCCAGGACCCACUGGUUGCCCUAUACCUGGUUGUAAAGGUAUUGGUCACAUAAAGGGUGCCAAGUACACAGGUCAUCACAGUGCCUUCGGAUGUCCUUACUCGCCCUUGAACAUGAAUAGAGAGUCCACCUUACAGGAUCGACUGGGAUCCACGCGAGCAGAGGAAGUGAUCCAAACCCCCGGUCCGUCUUCUCCUGUGGACUCCAAAUUUAUCAAAGGGGAACCCCCUGACUCUCCAGAAAUUGUCAAGAAAUGUCCCACUCCAGGUUGUGAUGGACAGGGUCAUGUGACCGGGAAGUUUUCUGCUCAUCAUAAAUUGUCAGGCUGUCCUAAAGCACAGAACAACCAGUUGCAGCAGGCAGUAGCAGCAGAAAAUGUUGUCCCCAAAAAGUCCACACGUGGCCGCAAACCGAGGAGUUAUUAUUUGAAUAUGGGAGAAAGAGGACCUCCACCUCGAACUACUAAACUGAAGUUCAAACAUGAAAAAGGCCAUGAUAUCACAAGUCCACAAGAUUCCUUACAAAAUGGAGUUCAUAACUCGGUGUUCAAGUCUGCCAUGACCACCACGCCACUCCCUGAUGUCUCUCUGUGCUGGGAGCAACAUGUAAAACUUCUGCCUGGUGUUCACAAACUGAGAGGUUCAGAUGUAGCCAAGUGGAACAUAGAACAAGUUGCAGCAUUCGUCAAAACUCUUCCUGGCUGCGAGGAGCAUUACAAGACUUUCAAAGAGGAGCAAAUUGAUGGAGAGGCUUUUCUGUUGAUUUCUCAAGCUGACCUGGUCCGGAUUUUAAACAUCAAGCUAGGACCAGCAAUCAAGAUUUACAACAGUUUAAUGGUGUUCAAAAAUUCCUUUGAUGUGUGAUACUCAGAAUAUGUUGUGAUGAGAAUCAAUACAAAUCUGAUUGUUUUCUUUGUUGUAUCAAGUUUAUACAUAGACUAUUUAUGUAUAUAGUGCUUUUUUUUCCCCCUUUUGUUAAUUGUUUUCUGCAAAUGUUCAUUUUAGAUGAUUUUUUAUAAGUUAAGAAUUAGAUAGAGAUGCAAGUUGAAACACCGGUCAAUACUUACUGCAUUAUGUAUAAAAAAAUAUAUAUCUGAGAAUUUGUAUGCUAUGUGGUAUGUGCAUAUAAUGUCUGUCUGUAUUGUCCUUUGUGGGUUUUUUUUUUUUGGUUUUUUUUUUUAUUUUGCUUGUCAGUGAAUUUGUAAACAAAGAUCUACGGAUGUUAAAAUUUAACCCACUGACAUUUUCUUUUGUUUUACCUUAGCAUUUAACUAUACAUGUACUUAUAUCUUGCAAUCACUAUACAUAUAAUAUAGUUGUACUAUAGUAAUCAAGACCCCAUUGAAAUUGUGUUCAUGAAUUACAUGCAAAAUUUACUAGCUUUUGAUUUCACAAAAAUUUCCAAUUAAUUGGAAAUCAUUUCCUCAUAGAUUGUUACUUAUCAAACAGAAAAGUAAUAGAUCAAAUGAUGGCACAAUCUCGAAUCAGGUCUCAUGUUAAUCAGAUAUUUGCUUGAUAAUGCAUGAAAAUUUGAAGGCCUAACAUUUUUACACAAUUUAUGUGUAAUCGUCCUCUUUUUGAAAAGUACAGACAAGUAUUUUGUUCUUGGUUAUUGAAGAUGACACUAAAAUUUCUUGUAAAGAUGAAUAAAAAGAAUAUGUUUUAUGGUAAAAUAUUUAGAAAAGAAGAAGAUUGAAAAUACCCAAUGGCAACAACAAUAUCGGGAGGGGUAGGGGGGCAAGAAUUUUGUUGCAUCAUCAAAAGGAUCGGUGAUAUUAUGUCUUUAAAAAUAUGUUUUUUAAUGUGAUUGCAAAUUGAAUAGAACAAUAAAAAUAAUCAACCCAUA